AUGGCAGGCCAUCACGACCCCCGACUUCUCUACUCCAUAGGAGGCAUCAAGGCCUACCACAUUCAAGGCGGCGAGGAAGCUUCGCUCACGCCGUCAGGACCUCAGACACUCUCGCUGUUGAUGGUCCCAACCUCAUCGCCUUUCGCCGAUCUGAGCAACACGCAGGGCCAGCAUGAGGCUCCGGAGGAGGACUUCUACCUUCACCUCAACCUCCCCCCUGAGCUCGACCUACCGCUUCCAGCAACAACACAAAUCUACCAUCAGCCGCCACGAAGCUAUCUUAUUCCACGAUGGGACCUCGGGCCCGACAGUGGAGCGUUCACACGCAUCGAGUUUCCUCCUAUAGGUCGAGGCCCCGGACAGUGCACGCAGGAGGAUAUCGACACGUUCGAGACUAUACUUGCUCAAUGCACAUCCUUCAUGGAGCGUGCCACGGCACCGAAGACGGGGAAGGGGGACAAAUCGUACAACCCCAGUGAUUACAAGCCUGGUGAAGGCUAUGCGAUCGGCACGGGAAAAACGCAUAAUGGCCAAAUCGUCUUGGUCGAUGAAGACAAUGGCAGCGUGGUUGGGGAGCUGGCCGAGGGUGCUCACGUGGUAGAACACCCAGACCUGAAGCAUGGCAGCAAGAAUCCUGUAGAAAUCCAGAUCUCGCAAGACGGGACUCGCAUCGACGUUCGUCCCGUAACCGAAGACUAUCUCGGCAUGGCCAGACACCCGGCUUACAAGGACUCGUCCAUUGUUCAGAACGCGGCAGUCGCUUCCCGUCUGAUCGUCACGAGCUCGGGCUACAUCAGCAGCGUGCUGACCCAGGGAGCCGACAGCUUCACUAAGAAGGUGAAGCCGAAUCCGACGCCCAUGACGUUCCAGCCAGCAACGUACGAGCGCGUGAGGAAGAUGAAUAAUCUGACUCAGGGCGCAGCCGGGAUCUCUGCCAAGACAGUCGGCAAAGCGACCCAGAUCGCACAGAACCUAGGCGCAUCUAUGGCGGGGAAGAACAAAUCUCGGUAUGGAAGGGCGUACGACCAACAUGGGAGGCCUGAUGAGACCUACAAGCCGGGCUUCCUGAACAAGUCGAUGAUCGCUUUCUCUACCAUCAUGGACGGCGUCGAGUACUCUGGCAAGAAUCUCCUUAAAUCAAGUGGCGCCGCCGCGAGCACCAUGGUCGGCCACAAGUACGGUGCAGAAGCUGGAGGGAUUGCUGCCGAGCUUGCUGGCGGUGUUAAGAAUGUUGGACUAGUCUAUAUCGACGUCACUGGCGUCUCACGCCGGGCAGUCAUCAAAUCAGUGGCCAAAGGAAUGGUCGUUGGCAAGGUCAAGGGCGGAGGUGAGAUUGUUGUCGGAGGAGGCGACGGCGGUGUCAUUCCUGAGUCGGACCUCAAGCAAGCAGGUGUCAGCAAUGACAACUUGGGUACAGGAACCUCGAGGAACCAGCACCGUGCGCCGAGUCCCGGAGUGGUAGGCUUCGGCAACGCUGCUCCUCCGUCUUACGGAUCCGGUGUGGGUGAGCCACUGGGUUCCCAGGGCCCUCAGGGUCAGAAUUUGGGCGGCAAACGCUGA